CCCAUGUUAGUAGGAGGGGGGGCAGGGUCCAAAAUAACUCCGGCCAAGUUUUACUGAGCACUUGGAGCUGUCAAUCAAAGGCCAUAACAAGAUGGCGGGCUGCAAAGGCUGCUUGUUCUUCCUAACAGUUGUCGGCGCGGCGGUGAGGGCGGCCCAGGCGGAGAUCAAAUUCGACGUCCCAUCGGGGAAGUUCUUCACCUACGAGCUGAUGAGAGAGACCUUCCAGGGCGACUUGGAGCCCCUGUCCAAGCUCUACGACGAGCGGCAGUACGACGACCCCAUGACCUUCAAGUGCAACAAGAAGGGUUACCCCGACCUCCCCGAGUGGCUCCGCUUCACCCAGAGGCACCCCUACGACAACGGCUUCCUGUACGGGACGCCCAUGUCCCCCGGGAAGAGUUUCAUCGAGAUCUACGCCAUCAACAAGCGAACCUACGAAACCACCAGACAGAAUCUCGUCGUCAACGUGAUCGCAGGUACGGACAAUUCAUUAGCCAAGAGCCCCCCCUACCAGGCAGAGUUCUUCAUCAAGCUGCGGGAGAUUGAGAAGGUGCUGCCCCCUGCUGUCCAGGACGAGAUCAAGCAGGACCUGCAGAAGCUGUGGGACACGGAGGCCUUGGACGUGGUCAACGUGUCCAACGCCCUGGACCGCGGCGGCCGGGUGCCCCUCCCCCUGGCGGGCCACUUUGAAGGCGUGUACGUGAAGGUGGGCUCCGAGCAGAGCUUCUCCGGCUGCCUCCUGAGGGUGCGGACGGCGGAGCACCGGGGGAGGUGUGCGGCGAGCGCCAAGGUGAAGGUGCCCGGGGGGUGCAACUUCUGCAGCAUCCCCAGCAACUGCAUCAGCUGGUGCCACACGGAGCUGUUUGACUCCGGCCAGCAGGAGGCCACGCUGCCCCCUCCCACCGUGGGCUCCGGCGUCCUGGAGGCGGGGGGGGACUUUGACCCCCCUGUGUCGCCCGAGAGCAGAGACUUCUUGCCGGACUACCUGGUGACCAUCAUCGUGCCGCUGGUCCUGGCCCUGGUUCUUUGCGUGCUGCUGGCCUACAUCAUGUGCGGACGCAGAGAGGGCGUGGAGAAGAGGAACGCGCGAACGAACCAGAUCCAGCUGUACCACCAUCACACCAUCCAGGACAACACGGACGAGCUGAGGAACAUGUCCGACCGCCGCGGCGUCUCGCCGCCGCUCUCCACGCUGCCCAUGUUUGACAGCCGCGGCGGAGGCGGGGCCACGCCGCAGACGCCCCCCGAGAGCCCCCGCGUGCCUCUCAUCAUGGCCCAGCAGGACCCGUACAGCGACACGCUGCCUCGGUGAGAGCGCCAUCACGC